UUUGUUAUGUACUUUCAUGAACACAUCUACUGGAGCCCAUGCUGAAUUCGGUGGCGUGAGGAUGAGGGGACAUGUCGCCUGUAUUUACCUGCCUCACAAGUGACGAGAGAACGGGGUGACCGCACAAACGUAUUUCUAAGAAGAACUCAUCGGUCUUAUGAUUCUCUUCUAGAACUGCACUUCUCCUAGCAGGUGAGAAGACAACCACAGGUCCGGUCUGUGCACAUGACCAUGCUGUGUGUGGAGUGGAAUCAGGUGGCAGAAAUGUGUCUUUAUGUGGAUGAUCUGAGCGAGGACAGUCGGAUUCUGUGUCUCUGCUCCAGAGCUUUUUUCAAUGAUCGCUACCUGUACCAUUUAGGAUUGAGGGGAAUUGACAGCAAUAAGAAGAUUCUCAGAGAUUAUGAGGAAGAGGAUGAUCAGGAAGAGCUGGAGAUGUCCAAUGUCUCUGACCAACCUGUGGAGGAAGGAGAACUAGACUCGGAGUCUGAGCUAAUGCUGCGGAUGGGUCUCCCGAUACAGUUUGGUGGGUCAUCAUUUGAGAAGAACUUUGUGCCACUGGAAACUUGUGUGAAGGAAGAUAAAAUCCAUAAGAAAAAGAAGAAAAAGACAAAAUGCUCCAAAUACAUAAAUGAAAGCAUAAAAGAAGCUAUGGAGGAUAUUAGUGAGGUCUGCAAAGACGAAGGUGGUUCUCCUAGCAUUGAGCAGCCUGACAUUGAAGAAAGUCCUGCUGGAGGUACCAGUGAGGAUGUGGCUGAUCUGGAACCGCUCUCCGCACGGCCAAGCUCGCAGGAGAGCUGGGAACGUUACUGGAACCAGUAUGGACAGGGAUUGCUAUGGCAGGCUUGGAUUAAAAAGCAUGAAGAUCUGGCAGUAACAAGUGACGAUUGCGAACCUGAGCCAUGGAAUUGCUCUGCAACCAAGGAAGAAUGGGCUGAGCAUUAUAAUGAAUUGUACUGGCAGUAUUCUGAGCAGUUUCAGUACUGGGCACAACAGGGGUGGACUUUUGAUGAACCUAGUGAUUGUGAAGGUAAAGACACACAAGUGGCACCAGCUGCAGCUAAUGUUCGGCACACAAACCAUAGUCUGCACAUACCUCCUUCUUCUACAGAAAGUAUCGAUUGUCUCAGUGACUGCGUACAUGGACUGAAGAUCAUAAAUCUUGAUAUAAAGGAAAUGGAGAGAGACAGUAAACCUUUAAGUGUUAUUUAUGAGAGUCAUCCGAUGCAGGACCCAGAGAGCCUGGGAGCUCAAUGCCCUUGUGAUCCAGACCAGAGUGAGCCCAGGGAGGUUGGCUCUGCCAAGAGGGAAGCAUCGUCUGGACGCACUGAUACAAGCCAGCCAGAAUUCGUGUUUGGCUCUGUUCACACCUACUUUGGAAGCUCCUUUGGUUUUGACAGGAAGAACAGUGCUGUUACACAUCAGCGGGGUCCAGCGGUCGCCACUGGUGUCCAUUGUGCAACAGUUUCAGAAGUGCCAAAGAAUACUUCGCCUGGUGGACAGAUGCCAGCUAAUGGACAAGAUGAUGAUGAUGAGGAUGAUCCUCCAGAGUGCAAACAGGCUAAAAUCAAGCGGAGCCAUGAACUGGAUGCUGAAGAGAACCCAUGUGAGGUGGCUGCCGAAGUCUCUGCCGUCUUGGGGCUGAAACAUGGCACAGGACAAAAAUAUGGCGGUAUUUCACACUUCAAGCAUCGGACACUACGCUACCUGGAGAAAGGCGUCAGACACCGCUCACAUUUUCUAGACAUGCAUAGGCCAGUGAAGAACAGGCACAUAUUUUUUUCAGAAGAACCAGAAGAGAAAGUGCUAAAAAGUAAAACUGUAAACAAGGUACAAAAAUUUCUAAAAGUGGUUGGUGAACCUAUUGACGAUGUAUUAAAUGUAAUUUCACUGCCAAAGAUGGAAGAUUCCUCCAGCAACUCUGAUUCUGAAUGCCUGGAUCACUCUAAUGUUAGCGAACCUACUAGUCAGUCCAAGCAGUGUGACGAUACAGAGCUUUCUGAAGAGAAAGACCAUCCUGCUCUAAAUCAACCACCUGAAAUACAAGAACAGAUAAUUCAGUCUGAUAUGCUGGAUAGCUCUAAACAAAGCAAAGGGAUGACCUCUACAUUACCUUCUAACGCCAUCUGGUGUUUAGACCGUGCAAUUGACACAGAAUCCGAACGAUCAGAUACCGAAAAAAACGACUCUACACGACAGCUGGUAUCCCUUGAAAUUCCAGACUAUCUGCAGGUUGGAGUGGAAGAGAACAAUAUUGACUCCUGCAGUAAAGCUAAGGACAAAUGCAAGAAAAAAAAGAAAAAGCCAAAAAAGAAGGUUCUAUCUCUGCCCCCUGAAAUAGCUGCUGAUCCUCACCUUGCCAAGUACUGGGCACAGCGCUACAGACUCUUCUCUCGCUUUGAUGAAGGGAUUAAACUUGAUGAAGAAGGCUGGUUUUCUGUUACUCCAGAGAAGAUUGCAGAACACAUUGCACACCGUGUGAGGCAAUGCAUCAAUGGUGCCGUCGUGGUGGAUGCUUUCUGUGGUGUUGGGGGAAAUGCCAUUCAGUUUGCCUUAGCUGGAAUGCAUGUGAUUGCUGUGGACAUUGACCCUGUGAAGUUGGAACUUGCUUACAAUAAUGCAAUGGUUUACGGAGUAGCCGAUCGCAUCGAGUUGAUCCGUGCUGACUACAUGUGCGUCGCUCGUGAUUUGAAGGCAGAUGUGGUUUUUCUUAGCCCGCCAUGGGGAGGCCCGGACUAUGUCAGCGCAAAGACCUUUGAUAUCAAGACAAUGAUGUCCCCUGAUGGCUUUGAAGUUUUUCAGCUUUCCCAACAGAUUACAAAAAAUAUUAUUUACUUUGUACCACGCAAUACAGAUGUGGAGCAGGUGGCAUCACUUGCUGGCCCUGGCGGACAAGUUGAAAUAGAGCAGAAUUUCCUUAACAAAAAGUUGAAGACUAUGACUAUAUAUUUUGGCGACUUAAUACGAAAACUGUAAACACGCGUGUUCCUGCAAAUCCUAGUUAUGAGUUUUCAUAGCAGAAUAUAGGUCUUCUAAGGUCUGCAGAGGUGUAUAAAAAUGGUUUUGAUAUUCUGUUUUAAAAUAAUGUUGUCAUCCUGAGACAUUUGUAAGAUAAUGUAACAUUUAGAAUAAACGUAAUGUGCCAUUAACUGAAAAUAUCACAAAUGCUGUGCUGAAAGUGACGUGUUUAUUGAGCUUGAAGUAUGAUGUAUAUGAUAUGCUUUUAGCAAGUGUGACUUCUAAAAGGGGAAACAAAAGGAAGGUUCAAUAAUGAAAAAGAUGGGAUGUUGGGUGGCUGCAAUUAAGAAUAGAUGAUCACUUACCUAGCAGAUCCCACGCCACUGUUUACCUGGUUGCAGCAGUGACGUCACAUCAACAACACGUGCCUGCUGCAGCCAGUCACUGGCCUUAACAAUGCAUCGGGAAAACCGGAGCAACUGCGUGAGCUCUGCUAGGUAAGUGAUCAUUUAUUAUUUUUUGCAGGCACAUCCCAAGGGAUGUUCAGUUCUGUCCUGAACCGGGACAACCCCUUUAAAAUGAGUUGUAUGAAGUAAGAAGAACAUGGCUGCUUUUGUCCAGAAACAGUGCUAGUCUUAUCCAUAGGCCAUGUCUGCUUUCAUUUGAUAGAGCUAAGCUGCAACAUUUAACCGCCCAUGGACGAGAGUGGGACUGCUUAAAGAAAGCAGCAAUGUUUUUUGUAUUUCUAAUAACCCUUUAAAGGAUAUAAACUACAAAGUUAGCCAGAAUGAGAACUGAUGUGAGGACUGUCAAGCUAAUGCUUCAAAACACACAAAGUAAAAAUGUGUGCCAAAUUGGAUAAAAGCUCAAAAGAAAGAAUACAUCAGACUGUUAUGGGUCCAUUGUAUUCAUGAGCCCAGCAGUCGCUCCCAUGAUUGACAGUCUUAAUGUAUAUGCCGUCAGCUGUCAGGCAGACGGGAAGGAGGUGGGUAAAAGGGCUGUGCUGGUGAAUACAGGUGACACAUAGCUAUAUUAUGUCUGUUUUAGUAACUACUUGCACUCCCCAUGUAAUAGUUCUGAAGCAUCUAUUCUUAUGAUUCUAUGAUCUGCCAUUCCUCUAUUAUUCUUACUAGAAGUUAUGAAUGAAUUACUGGCAAUCUGCUAUAGGUCCAGAUUGGUGUUACCAGUUAGGGAGUGUCCCUGCACAGUCUGACACUUCCCCAGCUGGUAACACCCAGAUAGAUCAUUAUUGCUGACAAUUUAUUUAUAAACUAUUUGAAGGAAUAACGAAGGAAUGGCGCAACAGAGGCUGAUUAGAAUAGAUGCUCUACAAUUGUUAUUACAUGGGGGCAAAAGUAGUUGCUAAAAUAGGCAUGUCUUUAGGAAGCCUUUACAUUUCCAUACAUCAGUAGUAUUGUAGAAAUAUUGGGUAUAUGGUAACAUGAGCAAGUUUAGCUUCUUGUAUAAUUUUAUGGUCUAAUGCAGGCAUCCUCAAACUGCGGCCCUCCAGCUGUUGCAAAACUACAAGUCCCAACAUGCCCAAACAGCCUACAGGUAUCAGCCUACAGCAGGGCAUUGUGGGAGUUGUAGUUUUACGACAGCUGGAGGGCCGCAGUUUGAGGAUGCCUGGUCUAAUGCCUUGUUGUUGUUGUGUACAAUGCUUAUGUGACAGUUUUAUAGGAUGGAUAAGCCUGAUCUUACAACCAUGGUGUAUUCAGUUUGUAAAAAAAACUAUUUUGAUAUCUUAAAAAGUAAUAUUUUUUGCAGCAGAUAUAAAUAAAUUGAUAAAUUGUAUAAUAAAA